AUGACGCAGUUCUUUGGAGAUUUUAACAGAGCAAAGGCCUCUUCUUUGUAUGACGAUAGUAACAGCGGCGGCAAUUUCAUAGCUUUGAAAAUGCACAAGGAUUCGCAGAAAAUCAAGAAGCCUCCGGUUUCUCCUUCGCCUUCUCCUUCUGUGCCAUACAGGAAGCCUGUGAUUAUUCACACUUAUUCUCCAAAGGUCAUCCAGGCAGAAGCUCAUAAUUUUAUGCAGCUGGUGCAGAAGCUCACCGGCUGGGACGCGGCUGAGAAGAAACGAAAGAGAAAGAACAAGAACAAAACUACGGCCGGCGGAGAUUCAGAAAUAUUAACGUCUUCUUUAAAUAACAGCAUUUCAAGCAUGUCUGUAAAGCCGGCGAGUGCAAAUACGCUCUUGAAUGAUAACAGAAGUUUCAGUAAUAAUCAGUUAGUGCCGAGCUUUAGGCACAAUUGCUUUGAGGAGAAAGUCAAUAAUCUCAGUAUUUCCACUCCAGCAGAUUUUAUGGCGGACAAUUCCUAUGCUUCUUCUCAAAGCGCUCUUUCUUCCAUGGAUCUGUGUCAGGUUCAUCUCUUCAAUAAUGUUCCAAAUAUUUUAUCAUCGUCUCAGAAUUUUCGUAUUCCAUGGAAGCAGCAGCAGCAGCCGCCGCCGCCGCCUCAGCCUUCUAAUUACAUUGCAGACGGCAUUUAUAUGAAUCCUUGUCAAGAAAACCCUAGCUUUCUAGAAAAUCUUCCGCCUUCUUCUUCUCCGGCAAUAGGCGAGUACAAUUUUUCAGAAUUUUUGCCCCCAGUCUUCCCUAAGAACUUCGAUUUUUAG